AACAAUUGUCCGAACCGUGCGCUUCGAGCCAUGGCGCCGAACCAGGCCGAAAGCCAGGAAGAAACGAAAUCUAUCGAAGGAAAACAUUUCUGCCAUCGAUGAUGUGGACGCACCACGACGACGGCGACCAGUCACCGGGGGCCCCACCGGACGCCAAGCCGGAGGCCACGGCGGAGGGCAAGCCGGAGGCCACGGCAGAAGCCAUGGCGGAGGCCACAACGGAGGCCGCGGUGGAGACCUCGGCGGAGGCCACGGCGCCAGCGCCAGAACCGCCGGCCUUGUCCUUGACGCCCAAACCGGUCCCGGUUUCCCAAGCCAUUCCGCAAGGCUUUCGCAGCUUAGCAGUGCCAGAUGUGGGUGAAACUGCCUCGGCACGGGACCGGAUUCCAGCAGUGCCACGCUUGAUCCUGCCAGAUCCACCCAUGUGCCUUACCCGCAUGCCACUUGCGCAGUCCGCCCAGCUUCCCCCACAGCUUGACGCCUGUGGCUUUGAGUUGGACGUUUUGGCACCGCAGUUGGGCAGUGGCGCAUAUGCGGCUGUGCGCAAGCUGCGGCACAGAAAGACUGGGAGAGAGAUGGCGUUGAAGAUCGUGGAGAAGCAGCCAUUGGAGAUUCGACAGAUGCUUCCACAAAUGCAGAGGGAACUUGGAAUCCAGGGUGCGUUGCGGCAUAAGCAUUUGUUGAGGCUGAUGUCGAUUGUGGAAGAUGAUCGCUACAUUUACAUGCUCUUGGAGUUUUGCGGCGGCGGGACCUUAAGGUCUCUAUGUCAGGCUCAGCCAGCCAAGCGUCUCGCAGAACCUGACGCUGCCCGUUUGAUUUUUCAGAUCCUGCAGGGGGUGGACCACAUGCACAGCCAUGGGUUUGUGCAUCGGGAUUUGAAGGCGGACAACAUCCUCUUGAGCCUCCCCGAGUUCGAUGUGCGCAUCUGCGACUUCGGUUGGAGUGCCGAAGCGACCCUGGACAAACUGCUCCUCACGACGUGUGGCACGCCCGAAUUCUGGGCACCUGAGCAGUGGUCUCGGGCGCCCCAGAGCUAUUCGACCGACUGCUGGGCCUUGGGCUGCUUGUUCUAUGAGGUUUUAGUGGGCCAUCCCCCGUUCUGGGGCAGCCACGAGGAGAUCAAGGAGAAGGUCCUCGUGGGGGAUGCGCGCUACCCACCCUUUUUGUCGCAGGCGGCCAUGUCGUUACUUCAUUGCCAUCUUCAGGUGGAGCCUCAACAUCGGGCGCCUUGCAGCUGGUCCAUGCAGAAACACGAAUUCCUGGAAGACGAGAGACAGAGGGCUUCUUCGAGCGCAAGUGACCUUUCCACUAAAAGUGGCUCUGGUCCCAGUGACGAAGAGCUGGAGGAGCUGAGUGGGGCUUUUGCUCCGGCGGCCGAUGCAAGCUGAGUUUUGGCACAGCUUAGGUAAUGAUGGACAGAAUGCCCGGAUUGGAUUUUGUCUCAGAAUCUAAAUCAUACACUUCCAGGUGCCUUGGUUGAGCAUGCGGGGAGGCCAGUCGAAAAGAACCAUG